AUGGUGCCCAAAACAUAUCGGACCGUUCAGGGAGCAAGGGAGGACCGCUGCACAGCGAGACCCUUCGCAAAAGAUCCCUCCUGUGGACGUAACGAUGGAGCAUCAGUUGGCAAGAGGUGUAGCAUGGGCCGUGGUGAUGGUGUGAUGGUACUACUAGUACUGCAAGGCAGAUGGUACGGCUUGGAGGAUGGUAUCCUAUCGUUCGUGAUGGGGAGGAUCACAAUACUCUUCACUUCAAACUCCUUCGCCCAUCGCCAUCUGCAAAAUGCCAUAUCGUUCUCAGACGGCUGCUACGGAUCCUCGGCAGUCCCGCAAUCCCGCCCCAGCAGAGAUUUAAUGUCCGAGGCAUGGGGAGCGAGAGCGUACCCGCAUCGGUCACUACCUCCGUGUUCCUAUGAGAACCUCUCCCCUCUCCGUGUAAUGAGACGGAAGGAAGGGAAUAGAAUGGGACACGACGUGCAGCAACUCGGUCGAUGGGUCACGGAGGAUAUUUUGGGGACAUGGAUGGAUCGUUUGGAAGAGGAGUGUCGGACUGAGUUGCUGGACACGCGUAUCAAAGAAACAUCUGAUGUUUCGUACGGGUGUAGACUCGUGUUCUGUCUCCCCGUUGCUGUUGCCGAUCUUGUAUUGAGGCUUAUUGUAAGACUUGAAGAAUAUGGUCUACGAAUCCGGCUGUGA